UCAUCAUCAUCAUCAUCAUCUACCGCUAGUAUUCAAUCAAAUCCAUCAUCAUCAUCAUCAUCUGAACAUGUUGAAUCUCAAUCAAGUGAAAUUCUUCAUGUUCCAAAACGUGACAUUUCAUCACCAUCAUCACCAUCAUCAACAGUGACAACAAAAACAGAUUUUUUCAAUCAUCCAAUCAUCAUUGGUGGUAAACGUAAAAAACGUUUUCAAUCAUCAUUGUCAUCAACAGUGGACACAUCAAAAUUAUUAUCAGCAGCUGUUUAUGAUUCAAGUGGUACAUCAUCGUCAUUGUCAUCAAAAACAACAACAACAACAAUCAACAAAUCUUUAUUUGUAAAUAAUCAAAAUGUUGAUUCAUCAUCAUCCACAUCGUCGUCGUCAUCGUCGUCAUCGAUUCGUGAAACGGCCUAUGUUUGUGAAGAUGGCCAACUGGAAUUGUCAUGUCAACAUGGUAAACAUAUCGAUGUGUUACGAGCCAAUUUUGGCCGUUUCAGCAUAACACUUUGUAAUCCAAGUGGCUUUCUUGAUUGGAGUGUCAAUUGUGCUUCCGGCAAUUCAAUAUUGCCAAUACUAACCAAAAGAUGCGCAAAUCAGAAUCAAUGCUCAAUACAGGCAUCAAGUUCAAUAUUUGGCGAUCCAUGUCCUGGUACAACGAAAUAUCUUGAAGUACAUUAUAGAUGCAUUUCAGAAAUUGAACGUAUCGAAUCGAAUCGUAUAAAUUCAAAUAAAUCUGUAUCAACGACAAUUAUUGGCAAUAAUAAUAAUAAUUCAGCGAAUGGUUUAGUAUUGCCAUCAGAUUUAUAUUUUAUGAGAAAGAUUAGUGAUAAUGAUAAUGAUUCAAAUCAUUCUUCCAUGAUGACAAUGGCAACAAUAUUGCCAUUGAAUAAUAAUAAUCAAGAUUAUUUUGUUCGUAAUCAUCAAAAUCAUCCACGAAUUAUUACUAAUGAAAAUAUACAACAACAACAACAACAACAACAACAAAAUAUUCAUCAUCAAAGCCUAGUUCCUGUGCCUACAACAACAACAACAACACCGAUAACAACAACAAUAACAACAACAAAUCAUCAAUCUUUAGAUGAAGAAACAAUGAGCUUUCAAAAUAAAAUUGAAAUUCAUAAUACAAUAAAAAAUAAAUCUGCCUCUAAAAAUGAAAUCAAUAUUCCCAUUGGUAAUAUGGAUACAUCAUCAUCAUCAUCAUCAUUGUCAUCAACAUGCGAUCCAAUAAUUUAUCGAGAUAUUCAAUGGCCACCAACACCGUCCGGUACAAUUGCUAUCCGGUCAUGUCCACAUGAUACUUCGGGAUUGGCACAAUGGAGAUGUGGAAACAACAACAAAAUCAAUGGAAAUGGUCAUUUUUCAAAUUCUAAACCACCACAGCCACCACAACCACCACUACCGUUAUUGAUGAUGUCAAUGUCAACAUCGUCUAAACAAUCAAAAGCACCAUUAUCAAUAGGACCGGCUAGAAUCCCUAUAACCACAACCAAUAAUGGUAGUCAACAACAGAAUGGCCACCACCUUUUUCAUAAUAAUAAUCGAGCUUCAUGGAUACAAUUGCCUGAUCUUUCACAAUGUCAUUCUCGUUGGCUUCUUCAGCUAAAUUCUAUUCAAAAUAUAAAUUACAACUAUCGCAACGAUAUUUGGCAUUCAAUAUUGGCCAAUAUGCAACAUUCACCAUUAUAUGGUGGUGAUAUUAAUCAAUUGAUUAUAUUGCUUGAAAAUUGGUCUCUACGUUAUUUUCAUUUGGCUGUGGAUGGAAAUCGUUUUAAAAAUUUUUCAAAUCAAAUCACUGGAUUAGAUACCAUUUUCGAGAUCAUAUCUGAACUAUUGAACCGAAAUCAUUUGGCAAGCUGGCUAGAUUUACCUGAUAUAAAACGUGAAACGGCUGCAUUGAAUUUGAUGGAUAUUACAAUGAAAUAUUCAACAUUAUAUUGUUUAAAUUAUCGAUCAAAAAAUACGGUAGUAGCAGUUACAGCAUCAACAACAACAACAACAACAACAACGACAACUUCAACAGAUUCAAAAGAAACGAUUAAACAAUCACAAUAUCUAAUCAUGUCGUGUUUUUCAAUUUCCAAGUUGAUACAUGAAUUUCAAUUAAAUUGGAAUAAACUUAGUGAACAGUUACAACAAAGCCAAAUGAAUGUUAGUGAAUUUAAAUACGAGCUAUUGUCAUUACCAUCGACAUCGACAUCGACAACAAUGGAUGAUAAUAAAAUCAAAGUCUUUUUAAUAUUGAACAAUGUAGAAGAACAAUCCAAUAUUAUACUCACUGAAAACAUUUAUUUUUCAAUGUUGAUUCCAAUCAAUCUGGAAAACUAUUUUCAAUUAUCCAAUAUGGAUAUUUUUACAAACAAUGACCAUAAUGGUGAUGAUAAUAAUGGUCAUCAUGAUCAAAUGGCUGAAUCAUUUUUAAAUUUAAUACAAAUUGAAUCAACUGAAUCAUUGUUCAAUCAUUAUAAUAAUGAUCAUGAUGAUGGCGAUGUAGGCGAUAAUUUUAUUGUUGUUCAUCAUCAUCAUCAUCAUCAAUGUGUUCAUUGGGAUGAAACGGUCAAUCAUUGGUCCAAUGAACAUUGUACAUUAUUAGAAACAAAUGCAACCCAUUCUAUUUGUCGUUGUAGACCGGCUGGUUUAUCCAUAUGUACAAUAUUGGCUAUUGGUGUACAGAAUCCUCAUCAUCAUCAACAACGGCAACAGCAACAACAAUCAACUUAUAAUUUGACCAGUUUGGAAUUACCACCAGAAGUUGAUAAUGAAAAUAAUCAAAUGUCAAAUGAAUUGAUUCUGGCCAAACAUAGUGGAAUAUUAUCAUUAACAUUAAUCAUUUACAUAUGGAUUGCAUUAUUAUUAAUCAGAUAUCAUCAUGAAAAUUAUUUCAAUCAAUCCAAUUUCAUUACAUUAUUAUUAAUCUGUAUUGUACGUACAAUGAUUGAAUUGAGUUCGACAUUCAAUAUAUUCGGCAUGUUCAUCACAACAACAACAGCAGCCAAUAAUGAUAGAAAUUGGUGGAUGAAUAAUACAAAAUGGUGGUGCCAUUCACGAAUGUUUAUCAUCAUUUAUCAAUUACAAAUAAUUUGUUCACUAUUCACCGUAUUUUUAUUUCAAAAUGUGAUCAUAUUAUUAUUGGCAAACAAAAUUUAUUUGACAAAAAAUUAUUACAACAUUUUACAAUCGUUAAAACAAUCAAAACAAUUACAAUUAUUGAUCACCAUAUUGUUUCCAUUGAUACAUCAAUUUGUUAUAUUUAUAUUUGUCAAAAAUUUUCAUACAAAUUGUUGGCCAAUUUUUAAUUCCAUUGUGACAGCAUUUUUUGUUACAUCAUCAAUAUUACAGAUAACAUUGAUUCUUACCUCCGGUGUGAUUUAUUUACAUUGUUCACAACGUGUCUUUUCUGAAUAUGAUUAUCCAACCAAUAUGCAAUUUGCAAAUUUACAGCAAACUAAAAAUAAUAAUAAUAAUAAUAAUACUGCAUGUUUAAUGGAAAAACAUGUUAAAGAAUUAUUCUUUAGCAGAUGCAAACAUGUAACAAUUUGGAUCAUCGCUAUUGUGAUAUAUCUAAUCUGUGUCGUUGGAUGUCUCUGUUGUUCAUUAUAUUAUCGUCAUACAUCAUAUGCAAUGAUUGGAAUUGACAUUUCCAUUUCGUUGACAUUCGUUCUAUUCGCAAGAGUCAAAUAUCUAUUUAAUUUGAUUGUAAAAUGUAGCCAUUGUCGUGGUGGUGUUGGUGGUGGUGGUGGUAGCCAUCGAUCAUCGAAAAAUAUUGAUCAUCAUCAUCAUAAUCAUUGUUAUAAUAAUAACAGUAAUAAUAUACAUCAUAUGAUUAACAAUCCUAUUGGCCAAAUAGAAUCAGCAUCAUCAUCAAUAGAUUCAAAACAAACUCGUGAUAAUUCUAUCAGUAUAUUAUCGGAUACAAGUAAAACUUUUCUUACAUUACCAUCAUCAAAUGGUGGUCAAAUGUCAUCAUCAUUGGGAUCACCAAAAAUCUAUCCAACUACAAAUACUAUACAUCAAUCAUCAUGUAUUUAUGGUGAUGGUUUCACCAAUGUUAUCGUAACAAGCCCAGGCCGUACAAUAACAACAGCAACAGCAACAACAACAAUGAACAAUACAAAUCCAUCAUCUCAUCUAUAUGAAUCUCCAUCACAUCUAUACAAUUACGAAUAUGAACGACGUUUCCAUCAUAUUGGUGGUGGUAGCCAUAAAAAUGGCAAAAAUAUUUCAUCUCCAACAACAACAAUGCAAAACAUAUAUAAUACGACUACGAUAUCCGCUACAAAUCAUCAUAAUCAUCAUCAUCAUCAUCAGAGACAUUUUUAUCCGCUCGAUGGAAUCAUACGACCAUUGCCAUGUCAUACUAAUUCAACGAAUAAUCAUCAACGACAUUCAGCAGCCAUUCGUGAUUCCAACAUGAGUCUCAAUCGUAUACGAUCACAUUUUGUUGCAUCACACCUUCAACAACAUGGACCAUCAUCAACAACUAAUAAUCGAGCCUAUUCAUUUGAUCGACCAAAUUUUUCUUGAAUUAAUGAAUGAUGAAUUGAAAUAAAUAAAAUAAAAUAAAAAAAUGUUACAAUCUGUA